AUGUCGGGGAAUAAAAAGUCGAUCGAGGACCUUUUGAAAUUGUUGGCAAUGGGCGAGGCCCUCACCCCGUCGCAGGAGAAGGAAAUGAAGGACUACAAGUUCUGGAAGACGCAGCCGGUGCCGGCUUUGGACGAACAAAUCACUCAAGAAGGCCCCAUCGAUGUCGUCAAAACGCCCGCGGAUGUUCCCGACGAACCCAUGCCGUUGAUCAAGGACUUUGAGUGGAGCAACAUUGACGUGCAGAACAGCGAGCAAUUGGACGAGUUGUACAAGUUGUUGUACGACAAUUAUGUCGAGGACACCGAUGCUACCUUCAGAUUCAAGUAUAGUCACGAUUUCUUCAAGUGGGCGUUGAUGCCUCCGGGCUGGAUCAAGGACUGGCACACCGGGGUUCGGGUCAAGGAGACGGGCAAGCUUGUGGCGUUCAUUGCCGCCACGCCGGUGACGCUCAAGUUGACCAAGUCGGACAAGGUGAUUGAAUGCGUGGAGAUCAAUUUCUUGUGCAUCCACAAGAAGUUGAGAAACAAGAGACUCGCUCCCAUCAUGAUCAAGGAGAUCACGCGAAGGGUCAACAAGCAGAAUAUCUGGCAGGCAUUGUACACCGGGGGCUUGAUUCUACCCACGCCCUUGGCCACUUGCCGUUACCAACACCGCCCCAUCAACUGGUCCAAGUUGCAUGACGUGGGGUUCAGCCAUCUACCAGCAAACCAAACUAAAGGAGCCAUGUUGGCCUAUUACGCCUUGCCCAACGAAACUAACAUCCCCGGUUUGCGCCAGAUGAAAGCAGAAGAUGUGCCUCAAGCCUUGUCCCUUUUAAACAAGUAUCAGCAGAAAUUCGAUAUCGUGCAAAUAUUCACCGAGGAGGAGUUCAAGCACUGGAUGCUCGGCAAGGACGGCUCUGCCUCGGAGGUGAUAAAGUCGUACGUGGUGGAAAACUCCGAGGGCAAGAUUACCGACUAUUUCUCAUACUACUUGUUGCCAUUCACGGUCUUGGACAACACCCACCAUGACGAAUUGGGCAUUGCCUACUUGUACUACUACGCGUCCGACACGGAAGGCGACAAUUACAAGCAAAGAUUGAACGACUUGAUGACGGACGCCUUGAUCACUUCAAAACAGUUUGACGUCGACGUCUUCAACUGCUUGACUUGCCAAGACAACACAUUCUUCUUGAAAGACUGCAAAUUCGGAAGCGGCGACGGCUUCCUCAACUACUAUUUAUUCAACUACAAAACGUUCCCCAUGAACGGGGGAAUAGACAAGCAGACCAAGCAAGUCAUCGAGGACAAGACGAGCGGCGUAGGGGUGGUAUUGUUGUAG